GAAUCCUGUGGGAGGAGGUGUGACUGUUUGAGGAUUUUGUCAGGAAGAAUAUUUUGAUUGCAGAGAACUUGGAAAGGAAAGGGCCGAUGGGUGCCAAGUUUACCAUCUGCUGCUGUCGGUACUACCUGAGACACAACAAGGAGGAGAAGAGUGCUAUUUUGCGCAUGCACACCCCCACAGCUUCUAGACAACCAGAGCUGUUGUCCAGUGACUCCAGUGACAGUGAGGCAGAAGGGGAGAGCCUUUUUGGGCCACAGCCGUCAAGAAAGAGCCCAUGGAACCAUCAGCCAAGCCAGAGGAGCCCAGUGGAUCCAUGGGCCACCGUAAACAGACCUUGUGAAUUUCCCAUCAGGAGAGGAUCAGACAGGGAGUUGCAGGCUUUUAUCAGCAUGAGAGACCAGGCUGACAAAGCUACAGAGGAAUGGGAGAAGCUGAAUUAUGACAUACACACUUUACGCUAUGCCAGGCGAGAAGUCAGAUCUCGAUGGAAGAAAAUCCUGCUGCAGCUAGGUUAUCAGUGUGAGGUAGAUGCCUUGCUGUGUGUCAACAGACAGAGCCGGUUCAGUCGAGAUGAGGAGCAUCUUAACAAAGCGACGGAACUGUUGGAACAGCUGCUGGACCACACCUCUCUGUUUCCUCCAGAGACUGGACACCAGAGCAGAUACCUUCAUGUCAUGGACCGCCUGGUGUCACUGGACAGUGCUGAAGAGUUUGUCAGACUGGCCAAAGAGAAAUAUCCCAAGAAAGUAGGCUGAGACACAGAGACAGAUGAAGACAUAAAGGUUGAGAGAGAGUAAAGACAAGUGAUGACAAAUGACAAUACUGUGUGCACUACUCUCUACUAUUCAUUUAGUUGGCAAAGAGGCA